AUCUUCGACGAUCAGAUGCGAUCGGCCGGUGCCUGCCUAUUUAUCUCGAUCUGUUAACCGACUCUUGUUGUUGUUUUUUUUAGGUAACCGCCUCUUGUUGUUGAUUGAUUAAAGUCGGUUGAUCUCUGUAGUCGGUAACGUGAAUUACGAGGCCUUCCAGUAUAUUAUAUACUCAAGUUAAUACGCAAGUUACAAUUGCACAAGAUCUGAUCGCGACCAAUAUGGCUUCGUCCUCGCUGCCGAAGAGGAGAGAUCGCCUGAGCGAGCUCCCGGACUUCCUGCUGGGCGCCGUCCUCUCCUACCUCCCAAAUAAGGAGGCCGGCCGCGCGGCCGUGCUCUCCCGCCGGUGGCGCCACGUCUUCUGCAACGUCGACACCGUCUCGUUCGCGGAGCGCGACGGCGCGAGGUCCCAAGACUGGACCACCUUCUACUACGAUGCUAAGGAGAGGAAGAGCUGCAGCUGGGUGCUCCUCGACAACGUCUGGUCGGCGCUGCUCUGCCGCCGCCGCUGCGCCUGCUCCCAUGUGCCGCUGCGCAGCUUCCGUGUCGCCAUGGACAGAUGCCACUGGUGGGAUAGCUGCCAUGUCGACCAGUGGCUCUCCUAUGUGCUGCGCUACAGCGGCCAGGAGCUCCACCUCGACCUGCGCUUCCGCCUCGGCCGGAUCUGUGAACACGGCAACAACGACGAGUCUUACAACGAGCGGCGGAGGCGGGAUGGGUGGUAUGAGCUGCCACCAAAGCUCUUCUCCUUCACGGCGUUGCGCUCGUUGUGCCUUAGCUACUGCGGGCUGAAUCUACCGGCGGUUAUCCGCCUGCCGUUCCUUGAGACGCUGCGUCUGACGGGUGUUGAGAGAGAUUCCGAGAGCAGCAUCCGGAGGCUGAUCGCGAGCUGCCCCCGCCUUGUCGACCUCACGCUCGAAGCCAACAACAAUCUCGGCAAAGUCUCCGUUCUCGAUAGACGCCUCCGCCGGUUCGCUCUCAGUUGCUGCCACAACAUGAGGACGGUCGACAUCGACGCGUCCGAGCUGAGGUCGCUCGAGUACCGCGGCACGGUGCCCAGGGAGUCGGUCCUAUCUCUCCAUGGCUUACCGGAGGUCUUCCCCUCGUGCACCGUCGAUUUCUGUCGUGAAUUCCUUCCCGGUGAGGUGGGGGCGGGGCACCACAGGAUGUUUCUCGAGAAAAUAUCGGGCGCCAAGCGGCUGCAUCUGCACUAUAAAUGCUUCCCGGCUAGCUCCUUCGAGGGGUUACCAUCGUUCCACAACCUGACUCGGCUGGCGCUGCAAGGUCCCCUCCACAGCCCUGCCGUGGUGCGUGUGGUCCUUGAGCAUGUGCCGAACCUAGAGAUCCUCUCGUUUUUCAUGGAGUUCGCCGUGGCUGUUGAAGCUCCCGUGGUUCCUGACGAGUCGAGCUUCGCAGUCCCGUGCUUGCAGAGCCGGGUAAAGGAGAUCAACAUGGUGCACUACCAGGACGACGUGCUGCAGAGGACGAUGGCCUGGCUCCUGCUUCGGAACGCGCUUGUUCUUGAGAGGAUGUGCGUUGUGCUCGCCAAGGGGCCGUUCCCGUUGCAGGAAGCACUGAUGAUGGAGAUCCAAAGCUGGAUGGUGGCUACCGACGCAGAACAGAUCUUCUUGUGAUCGACUAGUUGAGAAUAAUUUUGUAUGCAAGAUUACAAUCUCAGGACAUUCUUAUGAAAGAACACAGAGUAAUUCUUCAUGCAAGAUUAUUAUAAUCUCGG